AUGAACUUGCAUAGAGAGACUUCGAGUAUCUAUUCAGACUCUUUUGAGUUGGACUACAUUCUCGAGCACUUAACCACAGAGAGACAGAGACAGGACAGUGAUAUACUUCAAGCGCUCGAAGCCGAGUAUUCCCAUCUGAGUCAAACCCUUAUAAAGGUCAAAGACAUUUGGGAGAUCACAUACUCCUGUAUGCAGCAAGUCACGGAGACAUUGAAGCGCCUAGCUAUACUACAGAGUGAAGCCCGCGGAGCGAUUGAUAGCGAGGCUUUGCGAUGGAAAAGUUCUAGCAACACAAUCAUAGCAUCUCGGUUGAGUCUGAUGGCACUCAGAGAUCUCCAGCUCACUGAGAAGGAUCAUAAACAGCUUUCUCAUUAUCCGUUCACUACCGAAGACAUUGUUUCUCUCAAGACGACAUGGGAAUGUAUCCGUUCGCGUUUCGCUAAAGCUCUCACAAAUAGAGACAGGCAUCCAUUAGGGAUCCAUCCCAAGUCAGAUUGGAAUAACUAUGUAUCAAGGUUUGCGAACCAGGACCAUUACCUGGAAGGUCAAUUACACUUGAAGCAGCUCAGUCUAGGUUACAGGCUUGAACAGACCACCGUCCUGGAGUACCUCGGCCUUCUCAGAGAUAGCAAAACGAAGUAUCCAAUUGCGGAAAUAUGCACUAUUAAGCAAGACACCGACGUUGUGGAAAUCCUCAACUCUAUUCAAACGCGACCCAGGAUGCUACCAAUCCAGCAUGGUGCCCGCUGGCUGUUUGCAGCGAUUUACGACGACACUAUCCACUGGUAUGAUAGUGAUCCCGGCAGCGAAGCGCUCUUACCAAUCCCUAAAACGAGCGUUCCUAUUUAUGCAGCUGGGCCAAAGCACAGUUUGUCACGACCAGAAGAUGCAGGGUUACUCAUGCUUUUUGGGUUACGACAAGUCGCUAAUACGUUUGCUCACACCCGCGAUCCAAAGCCUGAGUUGGCCGAGGAUCUACGCGCUCAACUUCUGGUUGAGCUCCUGUCACAAAGGCUCGACCCUACGGAGCAUGACUUUGAAGAACUAAUCUUCGCCCAAAGGGUUAGUGCUCGUCAGGCAGAUGAAGCCCAGUCAGCAUAUUUCAGCGAAGCUAUGCUAGGCAUGGAAUCCCCUCGAAGUAGCCCCGCCUCACUGCCAACCUUUCCAAGAGAAGCAAUACAUUCAGAUCCCAAUCGAGUGGCGCCCAUGCAGGACGAUCGCAAAGCUAUUCUCUCUCUGCUUUACGAUGCAGUCCGCGUUGUCAGAUCUGUCCGAAUUAAACGAACGAAUGACAUCUGUACUCUAUGGACUAUAGUUCAAGGGAGCAAUCUUAAGAGUGAGCUUCAUAGGCGUUACAGUUGUGCACUGUUCUUUAGAAGCUUUCAAAUUCUGGAGAAUCUGAAUGCUGAGACCUUAGAGCACAACUAUGGUAUCGACAAGCAUACAUUUCGUCAGAUGAAAAAAGACCACCCAAAACACAAGAUCUGGGACGAUUGCCUUCGUCUUCAAGAACAGCUAGGACUCGGCCAAUACGGCAAUGCCCUGCUAUGCGUGCCAUUACACGGCAGAGCGGGCGGGAGAAUAAGCGAGGUCUACCAUACGGAGAUUUCAGAGAUUUCUAGCCGCCUUCGAAACGAUGGUGAUCCGCUUGCCGAACAGCUAGCUAAGGCUGUGCCUCUCUGCAGUGCAAUUCUGGCGGCGGAACUUCCAGAAUAUCGGCUCAUGAUCGAGGACUUCAAGUUCAAGGCCCGCGACUCCUUAACAGAUAGCCUCUACGCAGCAUUCUUAAGCUUGGAGCCCCGACCUAGAGUACCGAUUGCUAGCCUGCGCAGGCAUUAG